AUGAAAGAGCAACAAGAAGUCCGAUUUUUUUUUCUUGUCGAUAACUCCAAAACGCCAUGGGAUCUAUGGAUUUGUGAAAGUCAGGCAGUGAAACAGAUGCAAGGAAAUGUCAUUAAACCAUUUCUCAGAAACCUGUUUUUCAGGGUUAAUCAUUUACUUCAACUUGGUAUUGGUCUUGUAUUUGUAAUUGAUGGUUGCCCUCCUAAAAUGAAGAGGGACACAAUACGAAAAAGACUAAAUCAUGCCCACAGAACUAAUGAUAACAUUGGUGAUUGGAAGAAACAGCCUUAUCGAAAUCGUUUCAAUAUCUUUUUGAGAGAAUGCUGCUGUUUAUUAGAAAGCUUAGGAAUUCCUUACAUUGAGAGCUGUGGUGAAGCAGAAGCUUAUGCUGCUUUUCUUAAUGCACAGGGUAUUGUCGAUGCUUGUUUGACUAAUGACGGAGAUGCUUUCUUAUAUGGAGCCAAAAAAAUCUAUAGAAAUUUCACAAUGGAUUCAAAAGAUCCUCAUGUGGAAAGUUACAAUAUAAAAGAUAUUGAAAAUCAAAUUAAAUUAAAUCGAAGACACCUUGUAGCUUUUGCUUUGCUUGUUGGCUGUGAUUAUUUACCCAAAGGAGUUCCCAAAAUUGGUGUUGAAACAACUCUAAAAUUGUUCAAGAUUUUUGGUGAAAAGGAUGCUUUGUCCAGAUUUCAAGAAUGGCGCUCAAUGAAAUUUUUUGAGUUUUUAACUCCUGUUGAAGCAAAUGUUAGAAAUAAAGCAUUGUCUCUUCCAGAGUUUCCCUAUGAGGAGAUCAUCAAAGAAUUUCUUGUUCCAAAAGAUAAAUUACCUACAAAGGAUUUGCACUGGAAACAACCCAAUAUUAAAAAAUUUCAGGAAAUUACAGCCGAAAAAUUAGAGUGGACACAAGAGUAUGCCUUGAAAAAAAUUAUUCCUCUUGUAACCAAAUGGACAAUGCUAGAGAUCAUAGGUGUCAUCCCUUCCAGGCACCAUGAUGAAUAUAUUAUACCAGAAAAAAUUUUAAAGACACGGAUCAAACAAGGUAUUCCUUGCUUUGAAGUAAAAUGGAAACCUUCAGAUACAACAGAUGAAAGUGAUGAGAACUAUAUAUCUAGUGAGGAACAAGAAAUCUUUAGAAAAUGUUAUCCAUAUAUUGUUGAAAAGUUUUCUCAAUGCGAAAUUUCUAAAUAUCAGGCUGAAAAUAAGGAAUCCAGAAAGAAAAACAUAUUGGUCCAAAAGAAAAGUAUGCAGCCAAUUGACAACCUUUUAUUGGACUUGGAAAAACUUAGUCUUGUUCCUUCAAAGCUCAAUGAGACAAAAUCAUGUAGAAUGGAAUCUUUUCUUCUUCCAUUAGUCAACAAGCACAAAAUCUAA